AUGCGGUCGUUUACUGCACUAAUAAAGGCCCAGAAUCGAUCCAUGACUCGACACGCAUUCACUCAAGUUCGCGAGGCUCAGCGUCUGCGCCAACUCACAUAUGCCCAGCUUAUGGAUAAGGGGGACUUCGAAAUCCUGAACUGGAUCGACUUGACUAUCAGAGAUGCAGAAGAAGCAACCUGGGACAUGCUAGCCUGGAUCGAGCCCGCCCGCGUAGAACAAGAGACGCGCGGCGAAGGGAGGAUGCGUUUCGGAAAGCGGAUGCUUUGGGCGCUACGGAACAAUAGUCAACGCGGGGAUGAAAAGCGAAGUCAUCUACUGCUUUGUCUUGGCAGUCUCUCGCCAGUAAUCAGUCAUCUCCAUCAAAUCACUCCCUUGGAAUCGCAGGAAAUCACGCGUGACAACGACCGCGUUCGGUCUUACUUGCCAACGCGUGUUGAUGAGCAUGGUCAAGCGGUGCUGGGAAGACAUUUUAUAGAUUCUAUGAAUCUCAGCAGUACCAUAUCUCUUGUUCUCCCUAGCGAGAUUGGGUCUCUGCGCUCUGCAGAGGAGAUACCAAAGAAUGGGCCCGAGGAAACUGUUUCUAUCAAUCAUGAAAUCAGUGAGAUGUUGGCUUGGCGGCGAUCAAAACAGUCCGAUAUUGUGGACAGGCCCCAGACCAAAUUUGUAGCCGAGUUGGAGAGCGUCACACUGUCAGAUUAA